AUGCCAAUUGUUGAUAGUUGUGAGGUAUUGUUUCCCUCUAUGGAAGACCAUAUAAUAAUAGGAGUUGAUUUACAUGGUGAAUGGGUUGAGAAGAUUAUAGAGACUACAAAUUCAGUUGUAAAUGAUGAAGAGCAUCCUGUUACAAUGGAUAUUCCUAUAAAUGAGGAAGCUUCACUACAUCCGAUAUCAACACAAGGUCCCUCCUCAAAAGACAUAAAAAAUAUAGUGCAAGCAGAUUUGGGCUGCAAGAUUAGUUACUGGAAGUGUUGGAAAAGCAGUGAGAUAGCAAAGGCUAUGAUAAGAGGGACACCGGAGCACGGAUAUGCAGUUCUAGAUGGUUAUCGUCAUAUGCUUAUGACUAUAAAUGAAGGAAGCAAGACAUCGUUAAAGCUUGAUGACAAGGGAAGGUUCAAAUAUUUUUUUGCAUCUUAUGGAGCUUGGAUUAGGGGGUUUGUGCAUAUGAGAAAAGUUUUAGCCGUUGAUGGAACAUUCUUAAGAGGUCGUUACGAUGGAGUUUUAUUGUCUGUUGUCGCACAGGAUACAGAAAAUCAUGUUUUUCCUGUUGCAUUUUGUGUAGUAGAUAAGGAAUGUGAUACCGCAUAUGAGUACUUUUUUGAGAAAUUGUUGGACAUAGUCCCUGAUACUUCAGAGUUGUGCAUUAUUUCUGAUAGGCAUCCAAGCAUAGAAAAAACACUAUCAAAAUUUUACUCUGAAGCAUACCAUGGAUGUUGCACGAGGCAUCUUGGUGAAAAUGCCCGUAAAAAUUUUCAUUGUGGAGCUUUUCUUGGACAUUAUUACCAUGCAACAAAAGCAUAUCGGAGAGAUGUGUUCCAUGACCAUUUUGAACAAAUCCAAAUUAUCAAUGCGGAGGUCACUGAUUAUCUUGAGAAUGUUGGGUUUCACAAAUGGAGUAGAGCAUAUUUUCCAGGAAACAGAUAUGAUGUAUUGACCUCAAAUAUUGUUGAGUCUGUUAAUGCAAUGUUCAAUGAAGCAAAAGAAUUUCCCAUUAUUGCCUUGUUCAAUGAUAUAAGCAAAAGAUGGUCGAAAAAAUUUCAUGAGAGAAGAAUGGCAUACGCCAAGAUUGAAGGAACAACUAAACCAGUUGCAGGAACAACUAAACUAGUUGUAGAAACAAUUGAACCAGUUGUACGAACAACUGAAGUAGUUAUAGGAACAAUUGAACCAGUUGUACGAACAACUGAAGCACUUACAGGGACGAUUGAAGCAGUUGUAGAGACAACUAAAGUAGUUGAUAACAAAAACACAAAAUACUGA